CANUUAACAGAGCUGGGCUGGACUUGCGGACAGGCGCGUGCGGGACUGCGCGCCGCGGCCGGCCAGCUGGACCGCGCGCACCACUACCUGGCCGAGCGCCGCGCGCAGCGGGAGCUGGAGCGCGAGCAGCACCGCCGCGACCGACAGCGGCGCGCUCUCGGCCUCUGCAUGGACGGGUCUGAGGUGCGGCAGCAGCUGGUGGACGCGCUCGUGGGCAUGGGCUACUCGCGGCGACUGGCGGCGCACGCGCUGCGCAACUCCAACAACCACGUCGCCGAGGCCGUGCGCCUCAUCCAGGAGCAGCCCGAGCUGCUUCAAGACAGUGACCUGUCAUCGGAGGAGACAGAGCCAUCCAGCUCAGAUGAUUCAUUGGUGGUGCCUGAUGAGAAACUGGUCGAAGAUUUGGUGGCGAUGGGCUACGAUGCGGAUAAAGCGAAGCUAGCGCUACGCGUGGCCAAGAACCAAGCCAGCUUCGCGGUGGAACUGUUGGUGGCGGGAGCUAAUUUCAUGCAAGAAGAUCCAGCUAACCCUUCUACCAGUUCGGGAGCUGCGUCAAAAAAGAGACAGAAGCGACGCAUGAAGGAGAAAAAGUACGUACAUGUUUAUAACAUUUUACCACUAGAUUUUCAUUCAGGGUCGGUUUGCUUGCAGUCGGCGUCGGCGCAGGCGGCGCUGCAGGCAGCGCAGGUCAUCUCCAACAGCGCGGGCGCAGCGUUGGUGGCCGGCGCGGGCGCAGCGAUGCAGCCGGCAAAUGGAGGCACGGAGAUUCAGGGCGGGCCCAACACAGUGCUGCGCGUGAUCAUAGAACAUAUGCUGUACCCCAUUGUGCUAGAUGUGCUGUACUCAAUCUUCCAGCGGUACGGAAAGGUGCUCAAGAUCGUCACAUUCACCAAAAAUAAUUCAUUCCAAGCCCUCAUCCAGUAUCCGGACACAGUGUCAGCGCAAACGGCGAAAACGGCUCUGGACGGCCAAAACAUCUACAACGGAUGCUGCACCCUCCGCAUCGACUACUCAAAGAUGACCUGCCUUAACGUGAAAUACAAUAACGACAAGUCCCGGGACUACACCAACCCGACGCUGCCGUCGGGCGAUGGAGACGCGCACCAGCUGUUGACCAGUGGAGGUGUGCUAGCGCCACAGUUCCUAGGACUGGGCUCGGGCCUGACUUCGCCCUACGGAGUGGGCGUGGGCGGCGUGGGACUGCCCGCGUUCGGGGCCCUCACCCUCACGCCUGCCUCGCCGGCCCUGCGAGCCCUAACCGCGCCCCCGCUGCCGCUUGCCACAGUGCUCCUCGUGUCCAACCUCAACGAAGAGAUGGUCACGCCUGACGCUCUAUUUACCCUUUUCGGUGUAUACGGGGACGUGCAACGGGUGAAAAUCCUAUACAACAAGAAGGACUCAGCCCUGAUCCAGAUGGCUGAGCCGCACCAGGCACAUCUAGCGAUGACUCACAUGGACAAGCUCCGUGUAUUCGGCAAGGCGAUGCGCGUCAUGCUGAGCAAACACCAGACAGUGCAGCUGCCUAAGGAAGGCCAACCCGAUGCUGGGCUCACGAGGGAUUACUCACAGAGCCCGCUGCACAGAUUCAAGAAGCCGGGAAGCAAAAACUACCAGAACAUCUACCCGCCGAGCGCCACGUUACAUCUGUCCAACAUUCCAGCCACGGUGUCGGAAGAUGACAUCAAGGAAGCCUUCACCAAACGGGGAUUCACAAUCAAGGCAUUCAAGUUCUUCCCCAAGGACCGCAAAAUGGCAUUGGUGCAACUACCCUCAAUCGACGACGCGGUGGCGGCGCUAAUUAAAAUGCACAACUACCAACUCUCGGAGUCGAACCACCUUCGAGUCUCGUUCUCCAAGUCCAGCAUCUAAGGGUGCUUCCCGGAAUAUCACACAAGCGGUGGCGGUCGGUUCGGGCUGCGAGCCGAUUGCGGUACGCCUCUCACUAUUCGAUUCGCUGUAUAGGAUCCCUUGCAAGUUUAGGUGGCGCCACUAGAGCAUGGUCUUACUAAUUCAAGUCACUUCCUUUCAUGUCCAAAUUUUUUGGAUAAGCCCCUUCAAAUCUAAAUUUCCCGAUAGUUAUAAUUGGAGUAUGUUUAAGAUUUUUGAUUCUUUGUCCAAGUUGCAAUAGGAUUUUUUGCCCAGUUAUAGGAAGUUCCAGUGCAAGGCGCUAUUCGUAGCGCUGAUAUUUAACAUAAUAGUAGUUAGAAUUUUAAGGCCAUUCUCUUUGGCUUGGCAGCUAUUGUCUUAGAUCUAAUUCAUGUCGCUGAUUGAUAAUUAUAAUUACAGCGGCCUCAAGACUCUAGGGCCUUUAGGCCUAAGCUAUUUAGUAUAAUGUAAGUUAAACUACGAUGAUCGAGGAAUCGCACUGUCAAUUAGUUCUAAUUGACGCCGCCAGUUGAAAUGUUGCCAGUGUGGCGCCGGUAGCGACAAUUGUAGGUAGAUGAAGAUUUUUGUGCACGGGAUCUUCUGCAGCGCUACUCUAUUGUAUAUUAUUUUUAAUAAUAAAGAGCUACCGUACGGCCGCCCAACACCCGACUGUCAUACAUCUUACCUCUCACACAAUCGAGAAUUUGACUCGACUGAAAAUUAAAUUGUAUCUGUAUUACGCUUACUCGGAUCAGUCUAGAAAUUAAGUGCUACUCUAUUUUCUUAAUGAAUACGUACGUAUUACUACUGUACAUCAUAAUCUAAGAUACUAUCAUCACAUUUUACUCGUUAUUUUAGAACAAGGGUGCCCACCUACUUUACAACAGAGAGGAUUUCUAUUUUGUGUGAUAUUCAUUCCAUUUAUUGAUUUUCAUAAUUUAUUUUUGUAAACGUGUAAUGAUUUCCAGUGAUUUCGAUAUAUUUAUGGAUUCUUGAAAUCGAAAUACUAUCAGAAGUAUAUAAUUCUGCAAUUAGAUUGCGCUAGAUUUGUUUAAAUUUGGCAGUUUGUGUAACUAUUUUUAAUUGCAAUGUUUGACAUUGCCCCAGUUAUUUUUAUGGUUAAUGACAGACUAUUAUUAUUAUUAUAUCCUAAAUUGUAAUAAUCACUUUAGCACAUUGUUAAAAAAAUAUUUCUUUGUCACAUAAUUUGCAGUUAUUAUCCUAAUAUUAUAUUUUAUACAUAUAUUUUAUGCUCUAUUUUAAUAUGCACAAUUUACUAUUAUUGCAUUUCUUUAUAAGUAAUUAUAUAGUUUUGUACGCAUACACAUUUUUUCUUAUUUUAUUAUUGAUGGAAUGUUACGUUUAGAAAUGUGUAUGUGUGUGCAAUAUUAGUUUUUAGAUAUAUUUUAAUAAUAUAUUUUAGGUGUAUGCAACGUCUUCUGCGCCCGGACAUCCCGCGCUAUAUAUUAUUACAAUCUUAUAUGCUUCCAAACUCGUUUCGUUGUUUAGGAGAAUAUUAUUCUAUACUUUGUUUCAGUAGUUCGUGACGUUUAGUUAGUGUAAUCACAACUCUUAAGGCUAAGCAUCUAGAUUAUAUUUCACUAUUUAAAGUUAUGUUCAGCGACAUAAUAGUGACAUGAUGCAUUUAUUUUGAUGUUAAUUUAUAUUAAUGGUAGCUACAACAUAUUAUAAAUGCUCGUGCAUACAUUUCACUAAGCAGUUAAUUAUAGAUAAUUAUUUAUUCUGCCUGGUCGGGGAACGCUGCGUGGCGCGCGGUGACGUAUUAGAAUAAUUGUUGUGUGACGCCGCCACGCGCAAGUAUUAGCGAGAUCUGAUUUUGCUCUAUGACAUAUAAUCGUCAGUAUUUACUGUCACUAGGUCACAAUACUUCAUUAUUAAACAGUAUUUUAGUUAAAUAAUUCUCCCUCGAUGUUUCGUUUUGUAUAUAGACGCUCCGACUUCCAACACUCGAGCUUUUCACGCUUCUCGGACUUCACCAAGUUCUCGAUUGGUUUCACACGACUUUGCCUUCUUAAAUUAAUUAAAAAUGCGUCUAGUCCAAUGCAAAAGAGAUUAAGCUUGUGGGUAAGUGAUUUACGUUAUGAAAAAUCUUGUAAUUUGUCUAUGUCUAAACUCUGGUAAGAAAAGCUUUUGUAAAAAGAUUGUAUUAUAAAGAAUUUGGUCAUAGAGUGAUGCCCAGAUAUUAAAUCUAACUGUUAGGACCAGUUUUAAGUGUUCAGUUACACGUCCAGUAUACACGAAUGACGGCGGAACACGCGUGAGACAGAUACCUGAACGUGACACGUGAGGUGAGAACGAUCAUCACAAUAGUCGUUACUAGCUCGCAAGUCUUCGACAGAAGCAUACAUAUCUUGACAAUGCCACGACGGCAUUUCAACUAGGGUAGAGUUUGAGGCGAGUGUAAGUAUGGCGGUGCGAGCAUGAAGCGGCGUCUCAGCCUCGCCGAGGCUCAAGUCCCUUCAUUCCUUACUUUCAACAUAACGCCCGUAGUCACAAAUAUCAAACGGUCGAACAACCGACCCGUUUUUCUUAUUUAAGAAAUCAAUUUGAAAUCAUAAAAUCACAUAUUUACACUAUUAUAAAAUUGUAUAAUAUACAUCACGUACUCUAAAUAAAUAAAAAUAGAGCUUAGUAAAUUGAAUAAAACUGAAAAAAUUAGAACGUCAUUGUAUGUAAGUUUUAAUAGAAAAAUCAUACAAAUUGUAUUAAUCAGUACCUACCUACGAUAAGAACAUUAGUAGUUAUUUGGUUUAGAUAAUGUUAGGAGACCAGGGUGUGGUGAUAUUUUGCACGUUUUUGAAAAUGUUUUUCUAAUAAGGUGCAGGAUUCUGUGCCUGUUUUGAAAUAAAGUGAAGAAAUGGAAAGUGACUGGUGGUGGUCUGCUUCGAGAUCGGCGGGAUCGCAUUUGUAAUUUUAAAAUUUACUAUUACGUAUUCGAUAAACAAAAUCACAAAAAGGAGAUUACAUAUCUUUAUUGAACGUAGAACGCUACACACGGCAUAAGGCGCAUCGCGUGAAUAGUUAUGUAUCAGUUGCUUGUGCUCAAUCGUAGUCGACACAGUGUGUAGCGUUUUCAGGCCUAAAGUUUUUUCAAUAACAUCGGUAUUGACUAAUAGAUAAUUAAUAGGGAUUUAUGUGUUUAGAGAAGUAUUUUAAAUAUUUAGAUAAUAAUGGUAAUAUUAUUAAAAAAUAAUAAAAUAGAUCAGUGUUUAGGAUGAGAUGCCAAAUUUAAGAGUCAAUAUCACAUUAUUUUAGGUAAAUGGUAAUUGAGGUAAUCUUAACAUUUAUUGAAAAGUUGAUGAAAAUGUUACAGUUAAAUUAUAUUUGAGAGUUUUAUUAAGCGCAAUAUAUGCAAUUUUAUUCAUCGUAAGUGAACAUUGUUUCAAUUUGUUAGUUAAAGUUAUGCGUUGAAAGAUGUGGAUGUUGUUUUCGGAUGUCUUCAGUUCUGCCGCCGUGCGCGGGCCGAGCUCUUCGUGUUGCCUUCCUGCGUUCAAACGACAUAUCCUAGCAUAUCAUUCUGAGGAUGCUUAAGUAUAUUUUAUUGCGCUUUAUAUUCACCUCUUGUAGUAGCUGUAUCGGUACAGAGCCUCGCGGUAGGCCGACAUAUCAACUGAGAUUGGCUCAGGCGCAUGAUGCACCCAUCGGUCGCUCGGGCGACACUCGUCGCCGCAACAUACUUUCAACUUCAUUGUUUCUGUAAUGCCUAAUUUAAGAUGUCAUCGUUUCUUUUCUUAUUGUAAAGUUAAGCCUUUUGUGUGGUUAAUUUCAUUCUUAUUUUUAAUUUCAUGAUUAAACUUAUUAUUAUAAUUGAUACUUUUUUGUUCUUUAUUUUUCACCUUUCCCUUUCUACCCUGCGUCCCUUUUGUUUCUAACAUACUCGAUACCAAUUGUCUAAAGUACGACAGAGUUACCUACGUUGAAGUUAUGGGAACCUGUUUUGUAUUUAUCCUUGCAUUGUUUUAUCCUUUAACCUCCAAAACAUUUUUUUUUAAUUUCACGGUGUUUUCAAAUACUCAAAGAGAAUAUACUAUUUGUAAAUAAAACUUAUAAAUUUUAAAGGGGAUCAAUAUAAUGAAGAUGUACGUUAGUACACAAUUGGUAUUCUAGACAUAUUCGUACUUAUAGAUCUAAACUAUCCAAACGGUAAUCUAAAGUCAUUAUCAUUUAAAGUGUGUAUCUGCUUCUGUGUUAACCCUAUACGACUACCUUCCUUGUUUUGCUUGAACGUUUCCGAUCUUGCGCGGUUAAGUAUAGGCGAAAUCGUUGUUUAGUUGAAUUGUAAAAGGAGUAAGGGACUAAUAUAUUGCCAAUGAUAUGUUUUAUAGAAUUAUAUCAAAUGGAUUAUAUCUAGCACAGGGUAUAAUGUGAAUAAAUUAUAUGCCGCCCGGGUGCGAACCUAAGCCCACGUCCCUUAUUCCUGCUGCGUGGAAAGAACUGAUCCAUUCCCUAUUAAAACGUUGAAUUAGCAAAAAUGUGUAACUGCCAAUUAUAGGGAUAUGCUAAAUAUCGUCGUGAAUUGGAUUACCUAUAGAUAAUAGUUUAAUUAUAAACAAAUUUGACAUUAUUAGCAAACUGAAUUUAAAUAUUUUAUCAAUACAUUUAACUUACAGAUAUGAACUUGAAACCUAUAAAGUGGCAGUUAUUCUCAUGUUAUAAUCUGCGGAUGUAAAUAUUAUACACAACUAUGUUAAUAAUUAACAAAUUAAAUUAAUAGGAUCUAUAGUAAAAAUUAACAUAAUCAUUACUUUAAGAUUUACUAGAUAAUCCUAUCUUAAUUUCAGUAGUCGCUAUAGUUAAUUAAUACCUACUUAUCGAGAAUAAUCUUCCUAAGGAGUAUUGUACUACUCUCCUUUCUUUGUUCCUUCGACUUUAGUAUUGUUUAGUUGUUCACUAAAAAUUAAAAUGGUGUGCAAAUUAAAGGGUUGUGUGUAAAGUUAAAAUAGUUAAAUAGUUUAAAGUGAAUCGUUUGA